GGCUAUGCAGGUUUCUUUUAUCAAAUUCAUCUUUAAAAGGACAUGUGUAGCUUUACUGGAAGAGCCAAACUAAAUGGGCGGGGUGAACGACAACUUGACAAAUGUUAUUAUAAAACUACCAACCAGGGAGGCAGAAAGUCAAGUGGCUCUUCUAGGGUUGAUCCUGCAAACAACGUUACACAGCUUAGCCUACUCCACUCCACUCUGUAAUGAAGUCUCGCUGUGGCAGUAGGUACACCUCUGGAUCUGUAGAUGAACUGAACAGCUGCUGAUCGUCGAGAGAGUGUUGACUGAAAAGUCAGGGUGCUUCUCGUCAUUAGUGUAUCACAGUAGGAGCAAUCUAAAAUGAAAAAAUUAGUCAUCAUGGAAGACGGAAACUUGUCCUCUAACUGUUCCAUCAGCACGUUCAAACACAGUGUCUACCCACCCACCUACCUAGUCAUCUUCCUCCUCGGCCUCACCUUCAACCUCGUCUCCCUCUGCUUCUUCGUCAGCAUCUGGAGGAUUAAGAAAAGGUUUACUCCCGUCAACCUGUACAUGGUCAACCUGCUGGUGUCAGACUUGAUGCUGGUGUGCUCCCUGCCACUCCGAGCCUUCUACUACUUCACGGAAUCUAGCUGGGUGUUUGGAGACAUCGCCUGUCGUGUUAUGUCCUACAUCUUCUACAUCAACAUGUACGGGAGCAUCUACUUCCUCAUGGUGCUGAGUGUGGUUCGUUUCGUGGCAAUCACCCAGCCGUACAGGUAUAUGAGCAUGCAGAAUAGCCGUAAUUCCUGGCUGGUGUGUAUUUUGGUCUGGCUGCUGGUGUCGCUAGCCUCUAUCCCUAUGCUGACUUCAGGGACCGUCAUAGACGCUUCUGGUAGAACCAGGUGCUUGGAGCUCAACCCAGAAUACAAACUCAUUCACAUACGCACACUGAUCAUAGCCAACCAUGCCACUUUACUCCUGGGCUUCAUUGUUCCCUUUGCAGUCAUCUCUAUCUGUUACAUAUUUGUGGUGCGUAGCCUGCUGAAGCUGAGGAAGGUUGAAGGAAGGACAAAAUCCAACAACAAGAAGUCCAUGUCCCUAGUUGUAAUAGUCCUUAGCAUCUUCCUAGUGUGUUUCCUGCCCUACCACGUCAUGCGGACUGUCUUCCUGGAAGCUGAGAUGCAGGUGAGGGAUAAAGGGUAUGGAGAUUCCUGUAGGUACAUAGAGCGUGUACGCAAAGCAGCUGUGAUCACUCUGUGUCUCGCAGCGGGGAACAGCUGCUUGGACCCACUCCUUUAUUUCUUCGUUGGAGAGAACUUCAGGGUUUUCUGUCAGGGUGCUUACAAGGAGAUGGAGGCAAAGUCAUUGGCUAAGACAGAGGGAAAGAGGAAAGGUCCGACAACAGAGCUACGGGAAGGGACACGUCCGACAACAGAGCUACGGGAAGGGACACGUCCGACAACAGAGCUACAGGAAGGGACACGUCCGACAACAGAGCUACGGGAAGGGACACGUCCGACAACAGAGCUACGGGAAGGGACACGUCCGACAACAGAGCUACGGGAAGGGACACGUCCGACAACAGAGCUACGGGGAAGGGACACGUCCGACAACAGAGCUACGGGAAGGGACACGUCCGACAACAGAGCUACGGGAAGGGACACGUCCGACAACAGAGCUACGGGAAGGGACACGUCCGACAACAGAGCUACAGGAACUAAACACUCCAAACAGCUCCAGACCCGAUAGUUAGCCUGGGACAGGUUGCAAGUGAAAUAUGACUUUCUUUGAUGGCUUUGAGAAGAAACUCUAGAGAUGGUCAUUUUCUUUUUCCAUAAAAGACACUGCUGACAACCCUAGAAGGGAAUAUACAGCUAGAUAUAUCAAUACAAAUGAUGUGUCCCACUGUGUAUGUAUCCAGUCACCUCCUCAUUCAUUUUUCUUAAUCUAAUUGUUGUAGGCCUAACAUGUUUACUAUCAGGAUAUUCUAUGACUUGUCCAAUCCUGAACCGUUGCAAUAUACAGGUUAAUAAUUAUUUUAGUCCUGUUCAAACAGCAACUUCUGGAGAAAUCAGACACACCCACCAGACACACCCACCAAGAAAUCAGACACACCCACCAAGGUACAGACCGACAGGAUUGGACAGCUCUGUAGGUUCUGAAUGGAAAGCACCAAUCAGCAUGAAUGAGUGAUAAAGUAGAAGUCAAAUCAAACAUUUACCGUGAAAUGCUUACUUACAAGCCCUUAACUCUUCUUGAACUGUAGUGUUGGUUAAGAAAAUAUUUACCAAGUAGACUAAAAUAAAAAGUUAUAAUAAUAAAAAGUAAACGAGGCUAAAUACAGGGAGCACCGUUACCGAGUCAGUGUGCUGGGGGUACAGGUUAGUUGAGGUAAUUUAUACAUGUAGGUGGGAGUGAAGUGACUAUGCAUAGAUAUUAAACAGCGAGUAGCAGCAGUGUACAAAAAAGGAGGUUGGCAAUUGUAUAAAUUGUUCAGUAGUCUUUGGGCUUGGGGGUAGAAGCGGUUGAGGAGCCUUUUGGUCCUAGACUUGGUGCUCUGGUAUCGCUUGCCGUGCGGUAGCAGAUGGGAGAACAGUCUAUAACAUGGGUGACUGGAGUCUCUGACAAUUGUAUGGGCUUUCCUCUGACACCGCCUAUUAUAUAGGUCCUGGAUGGCAGGAAGCUUGGCCCCAGUGAUGUACUGGGACGUUCGCACUACCCUCUGUAGCGCCUUACGGUCAGAUGCAGAGCAGUUGCCAUACCAGGCAGUGAUGCAACCGGUCAGGAUGCUCUCGAUGGUGCAGCUGUAGAACCGUUUGAGGAUCUGAGGACCCAUGGCAAAUCUUUUCAGGCUGCUGAGGGGGAAAAGGUUUUGUUGUGCCCUCUUCACGACUGUCUUGGUAUGUUUGGACCAUGAUAGUUCAUUGGUGAUGUGUACACCAAGGAACUUGAAACUCUCGACCCGCUGUUCGGUCCACCUUUUUCUGUAGUCCACGAUCAGCCAGCCUCUUGGCGCAUCACUGUUGCCAGGCGUAGUUGUCUUCCAGCUUAUAUUCGUGUGUGCACCCGAGAGUCAGCACCCCAAGGACAGUUCGUUUUAUGCUACAGUUAUUUUCCACUCUACCAGUCCCUCAUGUUCACAUGUCCUUGAGCGGUUUCACAACCAGGCAGUGUGUGUGUGUGUGUAACGCGUGUCGUGUGUGGAGGACCAAGACGCAACAGGGAAGUGUAUACUCAUCUUCUCUUUUUAAUAUUGAGGAAGGAGAAACAAAUAUACAAUUAACGGAAACGACACUAACAGUUCUGUCAGGUGACAAGCAUAAAACAGAAUACAACUACCCACAAUCCAUAAUACAAACAAACCCCUAAUUAUAGGACCUUCAAUCAGAAGCAACGAGGAGCCGCUGCUUCCAAUUGAAGGUCAAGAACAAAACUGCACAUAGAAACAGAGUGACUAGAAUAAACAUAGAAAAUGCCCUAACAUAGAACAUAUACCCAAAACUCUAGACCACUCUAAUCAAACACCCCUUGUCUAUACACAUAGACUAACAAUCCCCGAAACAUAUAAACAAAAUACCCCCUGCCACGUCCUGACCAUACUAAACACUAACAAAUAACACCUUUACAGGUCAGAACGUGACAGUGUGUCACGAGUCUAACUCAGCCUACGCCGUAGUAACCCCCCCCCCAUUAGUCACAUCUUAUUAUAUUUUGCUCAGUCUAUGUCAGCACAGCACAAACCUGUUAUGUUUAGCAUUAAUGUAUUGCUAAGCUAUGCACCACAUCUAGUUUAAUAAAAUCCCAACAGCAGGUUACCUUCGCUUCCUUGGGUACAGGGACUGUGGUGGUCUGCUUGAAACAUGUAGGUAUUACAGACUUGGUCAGGGAGAGGUUGAAAAUGUCAGUGAAGACACUUGACAGUUGGUCCGUGCAUGCUUUGAGUAGAUGUCCUGGUAAUCCAUCUGGCCCAGCGACUUUGUGAGUGUUUUGUUCACAUCGGCUACGGAGAGUAUUAUCACACAGUCCUCCAGAACAGCUGGU